UGUAAUUGAGGUUAAGCGAAAAAUUAAAUCAUUUUGGAGUAUAAUCAUACAAAUUAAUUUUAUCACAUUGCAUUGUCAUAACGACUAAUACUAUUAUAAAAUUAAUAAUCGAAUAAAAUAGCAUAAUAAAAUGUCGAGACGACCAGAACAUUUAGCACCACCUGAAUUGUUUUACAAUGAAUUUGAAGCUCAAAAAUAUACACAAAAUUCUCGAAUGGUAGACAUACAAAAGCAAAUGUGUAGACGUGCCCUAGAGCUUCUUCUAUUGCCAGAGGAUAGAACUUCUUUAUUAUUAGAUAUUGGUUGUGGUUCUGGUUUAAGUGGCAAUAUAAUUGAGGAAUAUGAACAUUUGUGGAUAGGAAUUGAUAUAUCUUCUGCAAUGCUUGGUGUAGCUUUAGAAAGGCAGGUAGAUGGAGAUUUAAUUUUGGGGGAUAUGGGUCAAGGAAUGCCAUUUAAAGCAGGAAGUUUUGAUGGAGCCAUUAGCAUUUCUGCAUUACAAUGGUUAUGUAAUGCAGAUAAAAGUUUUUAUGAUCCUUCAAAACGGUUAUAUAAAUUUUUUUCUACUCUGUUUUCAUGUUUGUCAAGAACAGCUAGAGCUGUGUUUCAAUUUUAUCCUGAAAAUAGUGAACAGAUUGAAUUGAUCACAACACAAGCAACAAAGGCAGGCUUUUAUGGAGGUAUAGUUGUAGAUUUUCCAAACAGCACUAAGGCAAAAAAGUAUUUUUUAGUCCUAAUGACAGGUGGAUCUAUUAUUCUUCCACAAGCAUUAGGUGUGAGUGAUACUGAAUCAGUCAUCUCUUAUACAUCUAGAAGAGAACAAGUGAGGAAAAUGAGAGGUAAAUUUUUAAAAAAUACCAAAGACUGGAUUAUUGAAAAAAAAGAGAGGCGUCGAAAACAAGGAAAAAAAGUCACAGAAGAUUCAAAAUAUACUGGAAGAAGAAGAUGUGGAAAAUUUUAA